AUGAAAUCCAUCUAUAAGCUCUCAGGUAUAAAUCGCAACCCUGCUGUCACAGUGGCUCUGCGGUCAUCGUCAGCUUCGACCUUUACCUGCAGCAUUCAUCGUAGAGCCUUCACCAGCUCAGCUGCUGCCUUGUCUGCUGUCAAAAUCCAAAGUCCCUCUCGUGGCUUCAAAACUGAUUCCACCACAAACCAGGCUCUGUCUGGUUCAACGACCUCCUUUGCGUCGUCUCUUCAUUCAGAUCCACUGUUUUCCACAUCUUUUGACCGAUCAAAACAAUCGUCGUCAUCACCAUCAAGCACAUCGCCACCCUCCUCUACUACAUCAUAUAUGCCUGGUCUUAACACAACUUCAUGGUCCUCGCCACACGACUCUAUCAAUCGCCACCAGUUCCUUAAGGACUACUCACACCUGUGGACACUGCUCGAGGCGUGUCUCGAGUCUGGAAACUUUGAGCGCGCCGAGCACGUUCUCAUCUCCUUUAGCGAGCACUCUGAUUCAAAAGACCUCACCAUGGCGGUCAACAACUACCUUCUACGUCUGUCUGAGCUCAACAGCAAGGAUAGCAAUGUCUCCCAAACGUGGCUCCGCAAUAUUUCCCGCAAAAUCCCAAAGUUCUCUCCUGAUACUAUCACUCGUGCAAUCAUUCUUAAAAAUAAGUGCUUGCACUAUGACUACGAAGAGUCGAAAAUUGCAAGCUAUAUUCGCCAAUACUCAACCGAUAUUUUAAAGCACGUCGAUGUGCUUGGCAUUGACAUGAUUGCAAAGAUUGUCAAGGUCUGCGAUAUUCCUCUGUCUGAUAUUGACCCUCAGUUUAGAAGUCUUGUUCAGGCUGUUUUGGAAAUCCCCAAAGAAUCUAACGUUGAUGCUUCGGUUGAUACCACUUCUGAUGCUACUUCUGCUCCCAACGCCACCACAGAGCCCACCAAACAAGCUUCCGAAGCAAAGGCCGAUAAAGACUUGACCACUCAGCGUGAACAACAAGAAGCCAUAAACACCAAACUCGCGAGUUUUGACAUUGAUUCCAUCAAGUCUCUCAGCAAACCUGGUGUUGAGAACUUAAACGCCGUGGACUCAUUCGGUCUCAAGGCUAUCCAGCAUACUCUCUCGGGCUUUGCCUCCAAUAGUGAGCAAUUUAAUGGCGUUCUCGACAAGAUCAUCCCCUUUGCAUCUGAAAAAAAUGUCAAUAAUACAAACUACAUUGACUUUUACAAGAUGGUUCAACAAAUGGAAAGCCCAGAAAGCAAAGCAACUUUAGAGGAAAAGGAAAAGUUCUACGAGGCUUUUGAAAGCUACAACAUUGCUCGUCAAAAAACUAUUGAGCGCAGAGGUCUCGAAGGUGCUAACCUCAAAUGGAAACACUCUCAUGAGCAAAUGCGCCAAGCCGGUGCUCUUGCGCUGAAACCUCUCGAGGCUCUUCUCUGGGAAUGGAACCUGGCCAUGCAGCCUCUGCUCGAGCAGGAAUUUGCUCGUAUCAAAGAGGUGGUCAAGUACACAACCACUCGCAAGGCUAAGGAUGCACACAAAAAGGCUGUCGCUGCUGCUGCUGCUUCUGCUUCUUCUGCCACUUCUAAAAAGACUGCUGAAGAUGAUCUUCUUGAGUUUGUUGAAGGUGAAAACGAGGAUAUUGACUUGUCAAUUUCUGACCGCUUCGAGUAUGGUCCUUAUCUGUUGCUUGUCAACUCUCAAAAACUCGGUAUUCUUACCAUUCUCGAAAUUCUCAAGCUUGUUUCCACCGGUGGCAUCCAAGAGGGUAUGAGAACCGCACGUGCCGUUCUCUCUGUCGGUAAGGCUGUCGAGAUGGAGUACAAGAUUGCAAAAGCUUCCAAGCGUGAAAAGGACAUUUUUGGUGGUCUUUCCCCAGAAUCCCUUUCUGACCAAUCCUCUGUUUCUGCUCUCCACGACAAGAUCAAGGAAUCAAACCUUUCGAAUCAAGUUUCCUGGCCCUCUUCUAUCCGUGCCAAGGUCGGCUCUCUGCUAAUCUCUCUUCUGAUACACGUUGCCAAAGUCCCUGUCACUGGUAAGGACCCUGUUACUGGCGAUGUUGUCACCGGUAAGGCCCCCGCCUUUUUCCACUCUUACCAGUACCAAGGUGGUAACAGAGUCGGCGUACUCAAGGUCCACAACUUUCUGUCUAAGUACAUUUCCGGUGAUACCCCCUCCAACUUCUUACAACCCCAGCUCUUGCCCAUGCUUGUCAAGCCCCGACCCUGGAAGUCGUGGCGUAGUGGUGGUUACAUUUACUCCACCAGCUCCAUCAUGCGUGUCAAGGAUGCCCCUGAACAAAUUGCAUAUCUCCGAGCAGCCUCUGACAACGGUGAUCUCGAGCAAGUCUACGAGGGCUUGAACGUUCUCGGUGAUACCGCCUGGACCAUCAACACCCCAAUCUUCAAGGUUGUGUCUAAAGUCUGGAACACAGGCAAAGAAUUUUUGGAAAUUCCUAAUGAGCCUGGCCCACUCCAGGCCCCACAAGCCCCUCCCCGUGAUGCAGACCCACAAGUGCGUCGUUCGUGGCUUCGUGAAUGCCGCAAGAUUCAUAAUGAGCACACUGCCAAGUACUCGCAACGCUGUGACACCAACUACAAGCUCGAAAUUGCUCGCGCAUACCUCGGUGAGCGCUUUUAUCUCCCACACAAUAUGGAUUUCCGUGGUCGUGCGUACCCCCUCUCUCCUCAUUUGAAUCAUCUGGGUAAUGACCUGUCACGUUCGCUUCUCAUGUUUUGGGAAGGCCGCCGACUCGGUGAGAGCGGUCUGCGAUGGCUCAAGAUUCACACUGCCAAUGUGUUUGGUUAUGACAAGUUUUCAUUUGAAGAACGUGAACAGUUUAUCGACGAGCACAUGGGAGAUGUCUUUGAUUCUGCAGAGCAUCCUCUUGAUGGCGAGGGUUGGUGGCAACAGGGUACCGAUCCUUGGCAGACUCUUGCUGCGUGUAUGGAGCUGACCAAUGCCAUGUCUCUUUCCAACCCUGAGGACUAUAUCAGUCACUUGCCUGUUCACCAGGAUGGUACAUGUAAUGGUCUGCAGCAUUAUGCUGCUCUCGGUGGUGAUAUUGAGGGUGCGCGACAGGUCAACUUGGUCCCCAGUGAGCGGCCCCAGGACGUUUAUUCCAAGGUUCUGGAAAUUGUCCAACGCUACGUCAAUGCAGAUGCUGAAGAAGGCCACCCACUGGCAGAGCUUCUCAAAGACAAGCUUGCUCGUAAGGUUGUCAAGCAAACCGUCAUGACUACAGUCUAUGGUGUGACAUUUAUUGGUGCUCGUGCCCAAAUUGCAUCACAGCUCAAGGAUAAAGAAGGCAUUGAUGAGACUCAGGUCUACGAAUGCUCAGUCUACCUCACCCGUAAAGUCUUUUUGGCUGUGCGCUCGCUGUUUGAGGGUGCACACUUAAUUCAAGACUGGCUGGGCGAUUCUGCAGCCAAGAUUGCAAAAUCUGUGCGUCUUGACAUUGACACGCCCUCGCGCCGUAACGGCAACAGACCCGACUUUAUGUCAUCAGUUAUCUGGACCACACCUUUGGGUCUGCCAAUUGUGCAGCCUUACCGUGAACAAAAGAGACUUCAAGUCGCCACCCGCUUGCAAAGUGUGCAGCUGGUCGAUCCUUAUGCUCUGCGUGGAGUUAACGCACGAAAGCAAAAGACAGCUUUCCCUCCUAAUUAUGUCCACUCGCUCGAUGCCAGCCAUAUGCUUUUGUCAGCUGCCGAGUGCGGCCGUCAAAAUCUGCAGUUUGCAUCUGUCCACGAUUCCUACUGGACUCACGCUGCCGACAUUGACAAGAUGAAUGUCAUCUUGCGUAACGCCUUCAUCAACCUGCACGAGGUAGAUCUGAUUGCACAGCUUAAGAAUGAGUUUGAUCAGAGAUAUGGUGGUAUGCUUGAGUAUGCUGAGAUUCCACGUCACUCAGUGAUUGCUCAACGCAUCAUCAAGGCUCGCCAAGAUCUGGCCGCCAUUUAUCGUGCCCGUGAGGAAGAGGAGGAGCAGCAGAGCUGGACCGAUGCUCCCAAGCGCGGCCGCAAGAAAAAGGCCAAGAAGUCGGCCUCAUCAACUAACCUGACAGUUGCCGAGGAAAUUGCAAUUGAGCGCGAGCGUAUCGAUCUGCUAUCGUCACCAGAGCCCGAGGAUGUUGCUCGGGGUCAAUCGAUGGUCACACCUCUUAGCAUUGUGGAAUCGCUGGAACCUGAAGAGCUGGACGCGCUUAUUAAAGAAGCAAACUCUACCAAGAAGCAGCGCUCUGUCAAGUCCAAGACUUCGUCGUUCAUCAAGUCAACUGAGCACUCUGGUAGUGGCUACGACAAACAGGCGAGUGCUGCAGCCGCUGCAGAGGAAGAUAUUGAUCUUCUUGAUGAUGUUGAGGAAGACAUUAUUGAUGAAGUUAUGGGUGAUGAAGAAUCUGGUGCUACAACCAAGAAGACCCCUAAGCUGGACUCACUGGCAAGUGCAAAGUCCAGCACAAGUGUUGGUGUUUUCAUCAGACUCAAGGUGGACGCUGUUCCUCCCAAGGGAACAUUUGACGUCAAGGAACUGAGAAAGAGUAAAUACUUUUUCUCUUAA